AUGGCCACAGCUACAGCUACGCGCAGCACGACUAGCCCAGGCCGCGCCCGCUCGGCGUCGAACGACCCGCUCCUCGCCCCUCCCGCUGCAGACUACGGCAGUACUACUCCCCCAACCUCGCCGGGCGAUGAUGCGCAGCCCACACCGAACAGGAACGAAGUGGACGACCCUGUGCUGAACUUGCUCGAUUGGAUCUGGGGCGAGCAGUGCACCCUGAUUGGCCUUGUCCGCGACUCGUACAUCGUCUUGGGACUCGUCCUCCUCGCCAAGCUGGUCAUUGGCGCAUCGCUUCCCAUUUGCCUUGAAUUCAACAGCGCACUGCCCCAGUCAUCUGCCGACAUGGUUGACUUCUUCUUCAGCGGGCCCCCUUCCGCUCAAGUUUGCACGGAUUGCGGCGUUGUGCAGCGGGACUUGCUCUACCUUCUGUUCGUUGCGAUGAUGUGGAUCAGCGGUUGUAUCCUAGUCCCCAUUGGACUCAUCCUCAUCUUCCUCUACAUCUGCCUCAUGUGGAUGCUGCUGGCUGUCUUCGAGGGUACCCUCCUUCUGUUCCCCGGUGUUCUCGUCGGAUAUUACCUGAAACACAUCUUGCAUGGCGUCAAACUCGCCUUCUUGACGAACGCUCCGCCCUCACGUCGCGCCAUCGCCACCCUCCUCGCGACCCCGCUCGUCCCGCUCCUCACGCACACUCUCCUCGUCCUCCUUGACUUCCGCCUCAGCACCACCUCGUGGACGCUCGUCUACAUCGACUCGACAGUCUACCACCUUGUGCGCUGGGCGGAGUGGCAGAAACGGUGGCACAGGGUGCCGGAUGAGGAGGAGGAGCUGUACAAGGACGGUGAGGAGGAUGGGGCGGACAAGCCGUGA